AUGGUUUUCACGUACAAAGACAGAAGCCCUAGUCUGNGAAAACACAAGCGGGUUGGGACAUUGCCGACAUUUAAAUCAAUGGUCAAGAGCUCUGUAAACCCUAAGCAUUACAUGGAGGUACGCCGCAACAGAAACUCCANGAAGACGAAGCAUAACGACGCCGUGUCUAGUCUUAGCCUGGACGUGGAUCUUGGAUUGUUGUAUUCGAGUUCUUGGGACACGACGAUCAAAGUGUGGAGGAUCGCGGAUUCGAAAUGUUUAGAAUCAAUACAUGCACACGAUGACGCGAUAAACUCUGUAAUGUCCGGUUUCGAUGACUUGGUGUUCACGGGAUCCGCAGAUGGCACUGUUAAAGUGUGGAAACGUGAGAUGCAAGGCAAAGGAACUAAGCAUGUGCUAGCUCAAGUUUUGCUCAAGCAAGAAAACGCAGUCACGGCGUUGGCUGUAAAAUCAAAAUCUUCCAUCGUAUAUUGCGGUUCCUCGGACGGGCUAGUGAACUACUGGGAGCGUUCAAAACGGGUAUUCACCGGUGGAGUACUCAAAGGCCACAAAUCCGCAGUGUUAUGUCUCGCUAUAGCGGGGAACUUGCUGUUGAGUGGUUCCGCCGACAAGAACAUAUGCGUGUGGAGACGAGACCCGUCGGACAAGUCCCAUCAGUGUCUCUCUGUUUUGACGGGACACAUGGGACCGGUAAAGUGUCUAGCCGUGGAGGAGGAACGAGCUUGCCGCAAGGGGGCAAAAGCCUCUGCAACGGGCGAGGGAGACCGGAAGUUUAUUAUAUACAGCGGAAGUUUGGACAAGUCGGUGAAAGUAUGGCGAGUAUCGGAGAGGAUGGCCACGUGGAGGGAGAUGGACGAGCCAGCAGCAUCUUCCGGACGGAAGAGCUCUUCCUCUCCGCAUGAAGAGAGUGGCGCGUGGAGUUCACGAGACAUGGAAAAACAAAAAUAAAAACGAGUGGAAGGAGCAUAGUGUGAUUAUAUUUCGAAGCUAUCCCGUCGUUACUCAGUCAUGAGGACCCGUCCUCACGCCGGGAAAGAGUCAAAAGAAUUGAUUUCUAUUUUACGACCAAGUCAACGGAGAUGUUUGUGCCUCGUUUAGAUGGUGAGAGAAUCAAAAAAGUCGGGUUGAUGGU